CGUCACCUAAUAGGCAUGGAGCAGGGGAUACUUAUUAGUUCAUACCCCUGGGUCCGUAUUGAGAUAUGAAGUACACGGUAACAUGGUUAGCGUAGCGUUUCGUAUCGUUGGCUGUCUGCUCAUAGAUCACAACAAGACCCGUUCCAACUUCACACGCUCACAAACCAUCAACCACCACAGCACCCAGCUCUCAUCCUACACCAGAAUGACGUUCCUGGCCUCCGUCACCGUCUUCCUGCUCGCCGCGCUCCACGCCUACAUCAUGGCUCUGGAAAUGUUCCUCUGGACCUCACCAGCCGGCCUAAGAGCAUUCGCGCUCAAGCCCGACUUUGCCGCCCAAACAAAAGCCAUGGCCGCCAACCAGGGCCUCUACAACGGGUUUCUGGCCGCCGGCCUCGCUUGGUCUCUCGUACACCCCAGCGCCGAGUUCGCGCCGCAAAUCGCACGGUUUUUCGCGGGUUGCGUGCUGGUGGCUGGUAUUUAUGGCGGGUUCACGGCGAAUAGAAAGAUUUUCUUUGUUCAGGGUCUUCCGGGGGCGUUGUGUCUUGCUGCGGUUAUCUUCGCGUAGGCGGGUUUGUGGACUUGGAGUUUUGUGGGCGGUCGUGGGGUAUUGAGGCUGCGGAGGUCAAGGUCAGAGCAGAGAAGGUUCGGGUGCCAUGGCCCGCGUUCGAGGUGCAAUCAGGUUUGCAGGGUGAGCGGACUGUUGUAUCAAAAUCUAUAUGAGGUUAUUCUCGCUGCAUCUUUACUGUAGAUAUAGGUUUUUCUGCGAUAGUCACAUAGGCCUGCUUGUCUGUCGGACAUGCAUCAGCUCUGAUUGUAUUGCACGUGAGAUUUCAGGCAACAAGUUCAUCCGCAAGUUUGAAUACAUGUUUCUUGCCA